AUGUCGCCAGACGUCAUUAAGAGAAGAAAACAUAAAAACAGCAAGUUCGGCUGUCCCAACUGUAAGCGCAGGCGUGUCAAGUGUACCGAGGACCUCCCCCAGUGCAUGAACUGCGUCAAGCAUAAGGUAAAGUGUGGAUACUUGGACUAUUCCGAUGAUAAACUUGCCCAGUUGAAAGAAUACAAAGAGCAACACCAACGACAGCUUUUGCAACAGGACGAAGACCUGUACCGCCUUCUGAACGAUUCCGGCAAGAACUCGGUGUCGCCCGAUGCAACCACCACGGCACCCCCUGGCGAAGCUGUGACGGGUAUAAGUAUCCAACCCACCAAGUCCAAUAACUCGAAUCUUGACGAUGAGAUCAAUAACUUGACGCUAGGAUUCAAACCCACCAGCCCGGCCCCAAUACCGCCCCCCCUCCAGUCCUUACAUCCCCCUACGCACACCGCUAACUACACAAAUCUCCUCAACCAUGGGCAAAACUCUAUCAGCCAGAAUUUUGACGAUUUGCUUCCCACCGCAUCGGACUUAUCAAUUGUGUAUCCGGUCUACUACAUUACCAAUAACCAGGGGCUCUCACCGUUUCUGGGACAGAAUGUGAUGAACUACGAGUACCCGAAUUUGGAUGGGUUUUACUCCAAUGGCCAGAGCCUCAGCCCGGUUGACAUUCAGCAACAAUCACUUUUGCAGAGCUUGAGCUCCUCCGUUAUUUCUCAGGAUCUCUUGAUCCAGAUGGCGUCGCCGGUCCCGGUCAAGACCGAAAAGUUCUUGCCCAACGCCGUGGCAUCUAUGCACAAGUUCAAGCGGUUGACCACAGAACGGGUGGACUACAGGACGUUGUUGAUCAAUGUGGUGAUCAACCUAGGCCCGUUGAUCAACCAGGGUCUUGCGUCGUUGCUCGAGAUCCGGGAGCUCUACAGCUUGUGGUUGAACUCAUUCUUGUUUAAGAGCUACGAGUCCGAUUUGAUGUUCAGUUGUUUGAUCAACUUGACCACCAACUUUUUGAUUUCCAACCCUUUCAACAACUUCAACUUAAUCGACCUGAGUGCCAACAACUUUCUCCACGUCACCAACAUGAAGAACAUCUUGAUAAUGGUGUCGAUAAAGUACUACGCCUUUGUCAUCAAGGGGAUCCGGUUGUAUUUGAAUAAAAAUUUUGAUCCUGAGUUGUGCUCGUCCGUGAGCUACAUCUUGAGCUUAAUGUCCAUCUACGACCCGGAGGCCACCUACAAUUCCACACGGUGUUUCUCGGACGGGUUGUUCAGUGUGUUGAAGUAUAACAUCGAUUUGUCAAUCAAAAAGGGGUUUACGCCGCCUCUUCUCAUCCCUAUCCACUUGAGGUUGAUGCACAACAUCGAAAAGAGCAUCUACUUUCCGGGGUACGACCCAACAUUUUUACAAGAGUACCAGGUGCUGUUGGCGGAGUUUGGGAAGUUUUUGAGUCAAACCUCCAUGCCUGGUAACCCCGAGUUGUAUGCUAUUCUCCGUAAAAACUACCAGAAUUUGUGGGAAUUUACUCACACCACUUUGAGUGAGUAUUUGCCAGUUUUGAUCUCCCAGCUCGAAGAUAAUACCAUUCAACAAGAAAUCCUCUUCCGCAUGACCAGUCGGUGGGUACGACUCUUUCCUUCUCGCUUCUUGAUCAUUGAUGACUCCGCUCCACUCUCCGAGAAGGUCUUGUAUCUUUACUUCAAGCUUUUCAAAAAAGCCAUGUUUGCUGUGUUUCCCCAGGUGAAAUUCUACUUCUUGCGAGACUUCGACAGUCCGCUCAUGUUGGAUGUUUUCAAUUACAUAAACGAUAAUGAAAUCUUCAAUUCUCCCCAGUUCGAUGACCCGGACUUGAAACAUUAUAGAAGUCAAUUGAAGUCCCAGACUGCCUAUUUAAUCCGAGCCCUCAAUUAUUUCCAAAAGAGGCUUCAGUUCCUCUACAAGACCAUUGUGUACCAAAGCUCAACCAAAAACCUCUUUCCAAUUGAGGACCGGAAGGACUUCAUCAUAAACAUCCCGGAGCUACGAAAGAUCUUCUACGAGUCGUUGGACUUGAAAGAAACUAAUAUUAAGUCGUUCAACCAUACAUUCAUCAGACCCUACCACUUCCCGCACACGGGAGAUAUUGAUAUGGAUGAUGAGCCGGUGGAUGUGGAAUUGGAAACCUUAACGCCAAUGGGGUUUUUGAAGGACGACACCGUGGGGAUCUAG